AUGAGCGCACCCCUCGACUCGACCAUCGCCUCGCAAGCCACCGCCAUCGAGGCCCACGAGCUCGACGACCGCACCAGCACGCACAAUGUCGAGAAGGUCCUGUCGCAAGAGUCGACCUACUCCAAGACGGGCCGCAGGUCGAGCGACGAGGACGGCGCAGCGGCCUUGCCGGCCGACAGCAGGACGCAGGCGCAGAUCGAGCGCGACAGCAAGUACCUGAGAGGCUCCAAGCUCGCCCUCGUCUUCACCGGCAUGCUCCUGUCGGUUUUCCUCAUCGCUCUCGACCAGACGAUCCUUGCGCCGGCCAUCCCGGUCAUCGCGAGCAAGUUUGACGCUCUCGACCAGAUUGGAUGGAUCGUGUCGGCAUACUUCCUCACCCAGACCGCCUUUCUCCUGCUGUACGGGCAGAUCCUCACGCUCGCCGACCGCAAGUGGACCUACCUGGCCGCCAUCGUCAUUUUCGAGCUCGGCUCGCUCAUCUGCGCCGUCGCGCACUCGGUCGAGGUCCUCAUCUUUGGUCGAGCGUUUGCCGGUGUCGGCGCCGCCGGCAUCUUCGUCUCGGUCCUGUCCAUCAUCGCCGAGGUGACCCGUCUCGAGGACCGGCCCAAGUUGCUCGGCCUGUUUGGCGCCGUCUUUGGCGUGUCCUCGGUCGUCGGUCCGCUCCUCGGCGGCGCCUUUACCGACCACGUCUCGUGGCGCCUCUGCUUCUACAUCAACCUUCCAGUCGGUGCCGUGACGGUCGCCGCGAUCGUCUUUAUCCUCGGCCCUCAACCUCCACCUCCCAUGCGCGAGGAUGUCGCUCUCUGGACGGAGCGCAAGUUCACGCGUUGGACGUUCGGUCGCUGGUCGCCAUCGCGCUCGUCCCUCGCAUUCCGCGCGUUCGCCCUCGACUGGAUCGGCACCAUCCUCAUGCUCGGCAUCAUCACCUGCCUCGUCCUCGCCCUGCAGUGGGGCGGCGUCAAGUACGCCUGGUCGGCCGGCCCCGUCGUCGCGUGCUUCGUCGUCUUUGCCGUCCUGAUCCCGGCGUUCGUCGGCUUCGAGUGGAAGCUCGCCGGUCCCAGUCGCAUCAUGCCGCUCGAGUACUUCAACGGUCGCACGCAGGUCGGCGCCACCCUCGCCGCCUUCUUCACCAUGUUCGUCCUCCUCGUCGCAACGUACUACCUGCCGACCUUCUUCCAAGCUACGCGCUUCCACUCGGCGACCAAGUCGGGCAUCGACAUCCUUCCCUUCAUGCUCAGCGUCGUCUUUGCGUCGGGCGCGGCCGGCGGGCUCAUCUCGUGGACCGGGUACUACUGGCCGUUCGUCGUCUUUGGUCCCGUCUUCUCGUGCAUCGGCUCGGGCCUGCUCUACACGGUCGACGAGCACUCGUCGAUGGCCAAGCUCAUCGGGUACCAGAUUCUCGUCGGCGUCGGCGUCGGCUGCGUCCUCCAGAACACGCUCAUCGCCGUCCAGGCCGACUGCAAGGACGAGUCCGAGGUUCCUCAGCGCACCGCCAUCGUCACGUUCGGCCAGCUCGUCGGCGGCACCAUCGGCAUCGCGAUCGGCUCGAGCAUAUUUGGCACGCGCCUCGGUUCGGCGCUGCGCGAGUUCGCUCCCGAGGCACCCUUCCAGCUCGUGCGCAACUCGGUCGAGGCCAUUCCGACGCUCCCGGUCGAGCUGCAGCCCGGCGUCGUGCACGCCUACACGCUCGCGCUGCGCGACGUGUUCAUCAUCGGCGUCGCCGCCGGUGGCUGCACCUCGUUGUGCGCGCUCAUGAUCCGCAACCUCAACAUCAAGGGGCGCGACCUCAUGGGCGGCGGCGCGUAGAUUGUCGAGUCGACGUCGCUCGGACCUCGCCUCACUUUGCUUGCCUCCCUCUUUCGCAUUCGCCUUUCGCGCUCUCCCGGGUCUCCUUCUGUGCACCUCGUAGCGUCUCGUCGGAUCUGUGCAUCGCAAGACUGGCCUUCUCCCGU